GUGCUGAACGGGCUCCUGUCCCGCCCGGACUGGGCGCUGGCCCUGCGGGUGCCCCUCGGGGUCCUGCCCUGCGGCUCCGGGAACGGGCUGGCGGCCGCUCUCAACUGCCACGCGGGACUGUCCCCAGCCCUGGGGGUCUCUCUCCUCCAGAACUGCUCCCUGCUGCUGUGCCGGGGCUCGGCCGCUCCCCUGGACGUGCUCUCGGUGUCCCUGGGCUCGGGUGCCCGGCUCUGGUCGGUGCUGGCCGUGGCCUGGGGGCUGGUGGCCGAGGCCGACGUGGGCAGCGAGCGGCUGCGGCGCCUCGGCCCCGCCCGGUUCCUGCUGGCGGCGGCGGCGCGGCUGCUGGUGCUGAGCACACACCGGGCACGGCUGGCGUGGCUGCCAGCCCUGGAGGGCACGGAUAACGGGGUGGAGAGGGACACCGGGAUGGACAGGGACACCAGGGUGGACAGGGACACCCGGACACAGCUGGAUAACGGGAGGGAGCUGGAACACAUGGAUAAUGGGAUGGAGAAGGACACCAGGAUGGACAAGGACACCCGGACACAGCUGGAUAACGGGAUGGACACGCUGGCCCUGGAAAACGUGGAUAACGGGUUAAACUGGAAUAACGGGACCAAGAGGGACACCCGGACACGGCUCAGGGCCAGGACAGAGCUGCCGG